GUGAAAUAAUUACGUAUAGUGUAACAGUGCCCUAAUUCUCCUCCCUCGCUGCACACAACUUCCGCCACCAUUCUCCCCGCGCCACCCAGCCGAUGUUACACCUUCCGGCGGCGGCGCCUCCAUCCCGUCAUCAUUCUCUCGCUGAUUUCUCAUUAUCGACAUCGCUCCGCACUCGCUGAUUCCUCAGAUUUCGUAGGAAUUUGAAGUCCCAAUCGCUGAAGUCAGUUCCACAGAUGAAGUUUCCAUCGCUGAUUCCUCAUUAUCGCCGAAGUCUCCAUCUCUGAAGUCUCUAUCACAGAAAAGUGCGCCUCCAUUGCCAAAGUCAGUUCCAUAGAUCACCGCUGCUCUUGCUCUGCUGUGUUUCGUCGCUGCUCUCUGCGUCUUUCUCUGGUCCGUCGUGCUUCGCCGCCUCUAAGGGGCGUCAUCCAUGGUCUUAUCUACCUUUAUAGAAUGAAGAAGAUGUGUGGCAAUCUGGCUAACAAUAUCUUUGUCUCUACCCACACUGGAAAAGGUAGGAUUUUGCCUUCAAUGGACCCUGCAUUGGAUUUCGAGCAGAAAAGUGUGCACAUGAUGCGGCAGAAUAUAGAGAGUGAUGUGAAUAGCUUGGUGGAUGCAAUGACAUCCAUUAUAGCAAUGGCACAUGAAAAAGGUGGACAUGAUAUUAAGAAUCUCUCCGUGGACCUUCCCUCCGAACUUGUCCAUUUCUUUGAUUUUAUAAGACAAAAUAAGUUGAUUGAUAAAAUGGAAAGUAGCCCAAAAUCAACGGAGAACUUGCCAAAUUUUAUGUCCGUCUUUAUUGAUCAUCCAUAUUUCUGGAACAUCAAAGAACGUGUCUUAUUUGCGUACAGAUUGCAUAGAGUAGUCAAGACGAAUGAGGCCUUGAAGUUGAUCUUCAAUUCGAAAUUGACCAAUGAUGUCAAUGCGGUGAGCGUGUCUCCCUGGUCCUCGCGUCUUACUGGUCGCUAUCGAAAAAUAUAUGAUUGGGCCAACCGAGAUGGAAGUGGAGUAAAAAGAUACAAUUCAACAGAUAUUGCUCGAUUUUACAAUGCUGUAUAUAAUCAUAUAAAUGACACGAUGCAUACAAAUGACCCUGAGGAUGAGUAUGGAAAACAAGUGAUUACUGAUGAACAAAUUGAAAAAGAUCUAAGCGUCAUCUUUCCAUAUUAUUACAAAGUCAUGUUUGAAAUUUAUUGUUAUUGCAUACGUAAAAGGACAAUAGAGAUAAUAACGAAUUUUCAAUUCAAUGAUAGUGCAAGUUUCAGGACAGAAAGUUUCACAACCAAGUGGGAUUUGGGAGUAUCAAAGGCAAAAAAAGUGUGAAAAGAUGUGGCAUAGUGUAGUUGUUUCCCUUAUCUUUGUUAAGCGUUGUGACGCUUUUGUAUUUCACGACUUUCUCAAUUUGGUAUUAGAGCGUUGCGACGCUUUUGUAUUUCACGACUUUCUCAACAUCAUAUAUGAGCUCAUUUCUCUUAUUGUUCA